GAGAUGCCGGUGCAGAUCCCGGACGACUCGGACUUCUCCUCGUUCAGAGAGCAGUGUCUGAGCGGUGCCGGGUGGACCAGCCGCUACAGCAGAGGGGGGGUCACGGUGUGGUGUCACGAGGAGGAGACCGGGACCGUCCAGAAACUCAAGAUGAGGAUCGCGUGUAAAGACGUGAACGCUGAGACGCUUUACGACGUCCUCCACGACACCAGCUACCGCAAGAAGUGGGACACCAACAUGAUCGACACGUACGACAUCGGGAGGCUGACCGCCAACGCAGACGUGGGAUAUUACUCCUGGAAGUGUCCGAGUCCUCUGAAGAACAGAGACUUUGUGACGAUGAGAUCUUGGCUUCCUCUCGGCAACGACUACCUGAUCAUCAACUACUCCGUCAAACACCCGAAACAUCCUCCCAAGAAGGACUACGUCCGAGCCGUGUCCUUGUUGACCGGAUACCUGAUCCAGUCCAACGGAGCCAGCUGCUCCACCCUCUACUACCUGACCCAGAUGGACCCACGAGGUUCCUUACCAAAGUGGGUUGUGAACCGAGUGUCUCAGUUUGUGGCUCCAAAGGCCAUGAGGAAGAUCUACAAGGCGUCUCUGAAGUACCCGGACUGGAAGAGGAAGCACGAGCCCGGCCUGAAGCCGUGGACGUUCCCCGAGCAGAACGCGCUGCCCAGCGUCAGCGUGUCGGAGCUCAGCGUCCAGAGAGCCGACUCGCUGGAGAACAUCGACGAGAGCGGCCUGAGCGAGGACAAGACGCGCCACAGCGAGGACGAGGAGACUUAG